AUGCGUUUUCAUUACGCUAUCGUAGCGGGUCUCGCUACCCUUUCGCUCGCUGCUCCGCAGGGUGGAAUUCAGGAUCAAGUUGAUAGUGCCCUUGCUGAAAUCAAUGCUAAUACCAAUGGAAAUGGCAAUGGAAACGGCAACGGAAAUGGAAAUUCAAAUGGCAAUGCCAACGAGAAUGGAAAUAGCAAUUCGAACAGCAACAGUAACACCAAUGUCAAUGAAAACACAAAUGUGAAUGUCAAUGAUAACGACAAUGGACACCAUAGUUCCAAACCCGUCAAGCCGACUUCUGAAAAACCUCCACCAACGACCAUCAGAAGCACCGUCGUCAUUACUUCUACCAUAACGGUCCGUCCAACCAGUACCGUUCAGCCCACAACUCGAUCAAGUUCUUCAACUGGCUCUUCAACUGGCACUCGAUCGGGCGUCACAACCAGCCGAACAUCAACUUCCAGCACCAGCAGAAGUACCUCUGGGUCGUCUUCAAGGACUUCCAGCACUUUAAGUACUUCGAGAAGCUCUUCUUCUUCCACUUCUUCUUCCUCCUCCUCAUCCUCCUCCUCAUCCUCGACGGGGUCUGGAACUGGUACCCGAUCUGGUCUUACAACCAGUCGUGAAAGCUCCCGAACAGGUAGUGCUACAGGCGGAAGUUCCGGUGUCGUCACCACGACUACUCCUCCACCGGUUACCACCGCUACCAAUACCGGAAGCGGAACCGGUGGCAAAUCCGGCAUUGUUUCUACACCGGCAACCUCGAUUGUUCCUCCUCCCCAGACAACCACGAAUGUGGUUCCACCUCCUCUCAUCCCAACCACGAAUAUUGUCCCACCUCCUCUCAUCCCAACAACCAAUGUGGUUCCGCCACCCGUUGUAACCAAUACAGGUACUCAACAAGGCAACGUUGUUCCACCACCCAACACCAAUUUCCCCGAAAUCACCAUCCUCCCCGUCCUCACCACAAUCACCACUGUCAACCCACCUAUCACAACCAUCACCUCUAUCCCUAUUGUCCCCAUCGCUCCUAUCGUCCCUCUUACCAUCUCAGCCAACAACAGAGUUCAAACCGUCCAAGGUGUCGAAAUCACCGUCAACGGCGAAGCCACUGUUGUCCCUGCCACCGAAGGGCCCAUCAAUAUCGUCUCUACAACCGUUGUUUCGGGACUUACCCUUACGACUACCAUUCCCGCUGGCGUCAUUACCACCUUUACAUCUGCCGGGCAAACUUUCACGACCCUGGCUCCUGGAGGCGGACCUGCUGAAACCAGUGCUGGAGCUAUUCUCGGACAGUUUACCGGUGGUGCUGAGAGAGUUAAGGCACUUGAAGGCGGUGCUGUAAUCGGACUUGUUGGAUUUGCCGUUGGAGGGUUGUUGUUACUUUAA